AUGGACAACUACAAUGACGAUUUAUAUCCAUUAGCAUUGUUAAUGGACGAAUUGAAGCACGAUGAUGUUUCCAAUCGAGUUGAAGCCAUGCAGAAAUUGGACACAAUUGCCAUAGCCCUUGGUCCCGAACGCACUGUCAAGGAGUUAUUGCCAUUCUUGAACGACGUCGCUCAAGAUGACGAAGAAGAAGUGUUUGCAGUUUUAGCUACCAAGUUGGGUGAUUUUAUCCCUUUAAUUGGCGGUCAUGAAAACUGUGAACCUUUGAUUUCUAUAUUGACUAUAUUGGCAAGCAUGGAAGAACCCUUGGUUCGAGAUAAAGCAAUUGCGUCUUUAAACAAAAUUAGUUUGGACUUGACUAAUGAAGAAUUGAAUGGAAUAUUCUUGAACUUGAUUCAAAACUUGAGUCAAGGUAACUGGUUCCUGAAGAAAAUUGCAUCCUGUGGAUUGUUUGGUUCCAUUAUAUUGAAAGUUGAUAGUAACACUAGAAAAGAUUUACUUAAAUUAUACCUUAAAUUAAUUUGUGAUGAUUAUCCAAUGGUCAGAAGAAGUGCUGCUACCAAUUUACCUCAUUUAAUUAAUUUAUUGACUGAAUUUACUGAAACCAGUCCUAAUGAUGUCAAUAAGAUUAAUAAUCAAGAUUGGGAAAUCAUAUCUAAGAUGUUCCAGCAUUUAAUUAAUGAUGAUCAAGAUAGUGUCAAAUUCUUGAGUAUUGAUGUUUUAAUAUCCAUAUUAGAAUUUUUCAACAAGAUCAAUGAAACUAGUUUCAAUUCUGAUUUCUUGUCCAGUGCUUUGAAAUUGAUUAAAGAUGAAAGUUGGAGAGUUAGAUAUACUGCUGCUGAUAGAUUUAGUAAGAUUGCCGUGAACUUUGUCAAUAACGAACUGGACUUGUAUCAAUUAAUUGAUCCAUUUAUAGCAUUAAUGAAGGAUCAUGAAGGUGAAGUUCGAAAAGCCAUUGCUAAGCAAUUACCUGAUUUCACAAGAUUAUUAACAAAGUACCCACUGACUAAGGUAACCAUUAUAAACAAAAUCUUACCUAUAGUUAACGAAUUAAGUCAAGACCAACAAGAAGCAGUCAGAGCAUCAUUAGCAUCCACUAUCACUGAAUUAUCGCCAAUUUUACAAAAAGAAGCCACCAUUGAGAAAUUAUUGCCCACCUUCUUGAUUAUGUUGAAGGAUGAAUUCCCUGAUGUCAGAUUAAACAUUAUAUCCAAUUUGUCCGUGGUUAAUGAAACCAUUGGUAUAAACUUAUUAUCAACAAACUUGUUACCAGCUAUAACAGAAUUAGCCCAGGAUCAUAAAUGGAGAGUUAGAUUAGCCAUUAUAAAGUAUAUUCCUAAAUUGGCCAGCCAAUUGGGUGAACCAUUUUUUAAUGAUGAAUUGUUGUCCUUGUGUAUGUCUUGGUUAUGGGAUCCUGUGUUUGCCAUUAGAGAUGCUGCUAUAAACAACUUGAAGGAAUUAACCGUGAUAUUUGGAUCUGAUUGGGCCACUAGAGAAAUCUUGUCAAGAUUAUUAGACCAACUGGAUAAAAUUGAUGAAGAUAAGAUUGACUAUUCUAAUUUCAUUAUCAGAUUAACUUGUUUAUUCACUAUAACCAAGUUGAUUCCUGUGCUUGACUUUAAAGUCAUUGUGGAAAAGAUAUUACCAUUUAUUAACGAAUUAAUCACUGAUAAUGUACCAAACAUUCGUUUCAAUGUAGCAAAAUCUUAUUUGGUGUUGGUUGAAUCUUUUAUUGAGAAGAAACUCGAGUUACCAAUAAAUGAACAAGAAUUGAAAAAGUUGAUAAACUUAGAAAUCUUGAGUAAUUUGGAAAAAUUACAAAAUGAUGAAGAUGUUGAUGUUAGAUUUUAUUCGACAAAGAGUAUUCAAGGGAUUAAUAAGUUGAUAUAA